AUGGUGUUAUCAGAUGAAGGAGAAGAUCAAUUGCAUAAGAAAUUACUAGAUUUAUGUGGCAAGUUAAGUUUGGAUCAAAGAACAGUUUUAUUAGCAUGGGAUAAUUUUAUCAGUAUAAACAAAAAUUUUACACUGGAGGGAGACUCAUUGCACUGGCUAGGAUGUGCAGUUUUUGUAGCUUCCCAAUCAGUGGAAGUACCCAAUCUGAUGUCUUCUGUAGUCAAAGGUAGUGGUAUAAACCUGACAAGUCUACUAAGAUGUAGUAAUUUGAGCUUUGUGCAGUUUUUCACAAACAUCAAUUUGUGGGCAGACAUGGCACACUUGCCUGAAGAAUUUCGCCAAAAAGUAAAACAUCUACAGGAUACAUUUGGUGUUGCCCAUAGUACAUUUAAAAAAUACUAUCCUAUAUUUUGUCAGAUAUUUCAGCCACCAAACUCAACAGAUUUAGAAAAUUUUAAACAACAUAGAAAUCGAAAACUCAAACCUAUCAUGUGCAAUAGUUCUACAGUAUUUGAAUUUGUAUGGAGUCUCUUUGUUACAUUAAAAAGCGAAGAUCAACAGUUCGGCUCUGAAUUAGUAAAAUCAUAUCACUUAAUGUUUGCCUGCAUUGAUUUAGCAUUUAAGAAUGCAUUUUUGGCAGAAAGGCGAGAUCUUUUGAAACCAACCUUUGAACUUUUACCUACCGAUUGGAAUGAACCUGGAUUUGUAGUACCUCAAGAGGCUCCAUGUCUGAUGAAUUAUUUAUGUAAGUUGCCAUCCACAUUAACAGAAGCUAUGCACAUGAAAGUAUAUGAUUUGAAGAAGUUAAUGGGAAAUCUAAUUACUAAUGAUAUAUUAAAAGUUGACCCUAAAGAUUUCACUGGACUUUUUGACCAAGAAGUCUUCAAAGACAAUUUUAAGAAUAUCAAGACUGCUUAUGAGACACAUUUAUUAAACACUGCUGAUAUCGACGAAAGAAUAUUUUUAGCUGAAUAUCGAAGAUUAUUAUUAGUGCAACAACAACAAGCAACAUGGGGGCAAAGUGUUCGAGCAUCUCCAUUAUCAUACUCAGGUAAGCUUUUUAUUCAGUCUAGCGUAACACCACGUGCUCCCGAUACCCCGUUAACCGGUAGAGGAUACUUGCCAAGAGAGUCAGACAGCUCACCUUUAUCUGCUGAUAGAACUAUUACCCAGAAAAUUGCACGUUUACAUAAAAUUGUAAAUAACCGACCUCAAGGUCCUAGUGAGGCUUUAUUAAAAUUAUUGGAAUCGUGCGAAGUAAACACCAUUGAGAAAAUUCAAGAAAUUUUAAAUAGUUUAAGUGAAAAAUUUGUAGUCGCAUAUAGUAGCAAAUACAAUGGCCGCGAAGAAGAGGCAAAAAAUAUGUUACAAAUUGGUGUCACUUUAUUCUAUAAAUAUGUUGAAAAUCUAUUAGAUAAUGAAAGCAAAAUUAGAAAUGAUAUAUCGGUAAGUGCAUGGAACGAAACUGUAGACACUCGCAAAUAA